GUACACGCAAACAGAAGAAAUCCUCACCCCACCACCCACACAAAAGAGAGAGAGAGAGAGAAGCAAGGGGGGGAGUUCGUCUAGUUGGAAACUUUAGGGGCUGCUUUGACACUUUAAUAGAAAAGUCUACACCAAUAAAAGCAGCCAUUGUUGGAAAUGGUAGUUAAGAAUUUGUCCGCAUAAAUAAACCUCUCAAAAACCCUGAGUUGCCGAGAAGAAGAAAAACGAACCAAAGCCUUCUUUGAGAAUGGGGGGUGGAUUAUCAAAGGAGGGCACUUCAACAACCAUAUCUUCGUCGCAGUUGGGGGAUGGACUAUCAAAGGAGAGCACUUCAACAGCUACAUCUUCGUCACAACUUCCAAACGAUGAGAGGUCAGUUCCCACUAUGGUCUCUGCAGAUUCAAAGCCAAAGAAGAAGAUUUGUUGUGCGUGCCCAGAGACUAAGAAGGUGAGGGAUGAAUGCAUUGUGGAACACGGUGAAUCAGCUUGUCAGAAAUGGAUCGAGGCUCAUCUUAAAUGCCUUCGAGCUGAAGGAUUCAACGUCUGAAAUAGUUUACAGAACUAAUUCUUCAAAAAAGAAGAAAGCUGAUACACUUGGUAUGUGUUGUUAUGCGAAAAUUAAUUAGCUUAGUUCUCACAGAUCAUUUAUACAAAACCUUUUUUUCUGGGACAGGAAAUAGAGCGAAUGGUUUUGCUUUUGUUAUUUUUCUUUUGAGAAUUGGAAUCAAUGUUGUUAUACGGAGGUUUAACUUGUAUUUCUUAUGAUCUUUCACAUAUUUAUACUCUAGAUUUAAGAAAUUUUAUUCAGUUUCUUUUUUCA